AGUUUCAUUUCCAAAUAAGAUCGACAUAUCAGAUUUCUUUUUUCCCCGUUAACAUUUAUCCUAUAAGAAUUUCAUAGAUAAGUCGUAUGCAGAGUAAUCUCUGCAGCCGGAGCGGAGCAGAGCAUCCCUCUCGAACGUUGGAAGCUACGAACCAUCGACCAUGCUCGCAGGGUUAGCAGCCGGGUAUGUUCAACCCAAAGUUGUAAUUACACCGAGGAUACAAAUCCCAGGUUCAAAUGUUGCUGAACGGGUUUUGUCAAGAAAGAGUACAUACAUGAAAGGUAAAGUUACUUGCAGGUUUGCUCAGUUAACAACUGAAGCCUCCUUGAAAGAUGAGGAACAAAAAACCAGGUGGCCUUUGGUAAAGAUGUGUGGAAUCACAUCACCUAGAGAUGCCGCUGCAGCUGCAGAAGCUGGUGCGAAUUUUAUUGGAAUGAUUCUAUGGCCAAACUCAAAGCGCUCCAUAUCACUUUCAACGGCCAAGGAGAUUUCAAAAGUCGCAAGAGAAUACGGGGCUCUGCCAGUUGGCGUCUUUGUGGAUGAUGAUGCCAACACCAUACUAAAUGCUUCUGAUGCAACGAAUCUUGAAUAUGUUCAGCUUCAUGGGAACGGUUCUCGGGCAGCCUUUUCAGUUUUAGCCCAAGAGAAACAGAUAAUCUAUGUUCUCCAUGCAAAUGAGGAAGGCCACCUUUUGAAUCAGAUUUCCGAUGGAGAAUCUUCUUUAGUUGACUGGAUCCUGGUCGAUAGUGCCCAAGGUGGCAGGCCUUGUUAUCAAUUUCUUCACGGGGGGUUCCCAACUGUGAUGACAUUUGGAGCGCAUUUGUGGGUGUUCCUGUGCAUGUUGGUGUAUGGAAUGAGCAAGUAUGAGCUCGUGUGCUGCUUGUGGAGGGGAAUAGCAAGUGUUCUUUUAGUCCCUUGUGUCAGCAUAUUACUGCAUGUGGCGACCUCGUUCCAUUUGCUUGAUUCUAAAUUUUGCUGGCAGUGGCAAAGGAUUUAAUUGGGGCCAAUUUAAGUUACCAGAAAUCAAAAGUAAGCAUGGGUGGCUCCUGGCUGGAGGGAUAAAUCCUGACAAUGUUUGUGAAGCUCUCACCACUCUCAAACCUCAUGGUGUUGAUGUUAGCAGCGGAAUUUGUGCUU